GAGAGCGAGAGAGAGAGAGAGAGAGCGCACCACCGUCCCAUGAUGCACUGCGGCGCCUGAGAAUCGCCAGUCAUCUUCAGCGUUAGUUUCUAGCAGCGUGAAUCCGAGCGCUCCAACAACGUCUUAUUUACAUGCGUGAUUUUCGCGGUACGACACCGAGCUCCAGCAUCUGAGCGGCAGCAUGAAAGAAGUGACGGCAAAGAGACGCGAGAAAGCCCGCGCGGAGAAAGAGAAGAGCGGCGCGGAGCCGCAGGACGGAGAGCAGGACCAGCUGACGCUCGACGAUAUCAAGGAGCACGUGAAGCAGAUCGAGAAGGCCCUGCAGGGGAAGGAGCCGCGCUUCGUCCUCCGUGCCCUGCGAGCUUUGCCCUCCACCAGCCGCCGUCUCAAUCCCAAUGUGCUGCAGAAAGCUGUGUCCGGGUUCUUCACGUGCAACGCUGCCAGCAAAGAGUUCCUGCUCCGCUUCCUGGACAAGCCGGUGGAGAAGGAAGGAGACGUGGCGUUCAGGCCUCGCACGGGGAAAGCUGCGGCGACGCCGCUCAUCCCAGAGGUGGAGGCCUAUCUGCAGCUGCUGAUGGUGGUCUACCUCACCAACAAGACACGCUACGCAGAGGCCCAGAAAGUGUCUGAUGAUCUGCUCCAGAAGAUCGGCUCUCAGAACCGCCGGGCUCUGGACUUAGUGGCUGCCAAGUGUUAUUACUACCAUUCGCGCGUGUACGAGUUCCUGAACCAGCUGGAUGCGGUCCGCAGCUUCCUGCACACGCGCUUGAGGACGGCUACGCUGCGCCAUGACGCUGACGGCCAGGCCACGCUGCUCAACCUGCUGCUGCGCAACUACCUGCAGUUCAAUCUGUAUGACCAGGCGGAGAAACUAGUGUCCAAGUCUGUGUUCCCCGAGCUGGCCAACAACAACGAGUGGGCGCGCUAUCUCUACUACACCGGGCGGAUCAAGGCCAUCCAGCUGGAGUAUUCAGAGGCGAGGAGGACUCUAACGAACGCGCUGCGUAAAGCGCCUCAGCACACGGCCGUGGGCUUCAAGCAGACGCAGCAUAACGUCCCACUCCUAACAGGAUUGGUUAAUAACAGUGUGCUGUUUCUGCCCUGUCUAGCGGUGAGAGCUGGAAAUCUGGCCAAGUUUAACCAGGCGCUGGAUCAGUUUGGAGAGAAGUUUCAGGCCGACGGCACCUACACGCUGAUCAUCCGUCUGAGACACAACGUCAUCAAGACCGGGGUGAGGAUGAUCAACCUGUCGUACUCGCGCAUCUCUCUGGCUGACAUCGCACAGAAGCUGCAGCUGGACAGUCCUGAAGACGCAGAGUUCAUCGUGGCCAAGGCCAUCCGUGACGGUGUGAUUGAGGCCAGUAUAAACCACGAGAAAGGUUACGUCCAGUCCAAAGAGACCAUGGACAUUUACAGCACUCGAGAGCCUCAGCUGGCCUUCCACCAGCGCAUCUCCUUCUGUCUGGAUAUACACAACAUGUCCGUCAAGGCCAUGAGGUUUCCACCAAAGGCCUACAACAAGGACCUGGAGUCUGCUGAGGAGAGACGAGAGCGGGAGCAGCAGGAUCUGGAGUUUGCUAAAGAGAUGGCAGAAGAUGAUGACGAGAGUUUCCCAUGAGUCUGCAGCGGCUCACGUCUCUUGUUUGUUUUCUUCUUGUAUGUUCCUCCCAGGUGCUUCAGCUUUGCUCUUAUUAUAAUCCAGAACAUUAUAAACAUCAUCACUAAUU